CGCAAAGCUCCUCGAGAGACGAUGCAGCUGCUGCAAACCAAACAAGGCGAGGAAAUCUCUCGCGAUGAAUAAUGCCCAAACUCGCGCCGGAUCUCGCUGUCGGCGCCAGCUCGGUUCCUCGCCCCAGGUCAACAUCCCCCCAUCCAAAUCCAAAUUCACGACGACACGCAUGCUCCAGCAACUCCGCUUGCUCUGCCUCCCCCAUUUAAGUAAGCGAGAGGGGGGAAGAAGGAGAGGGACCCCGGCGAGCGAAUCGGCCGAUCCGUACUAAGAUGGGGAGGGAUGCGGAGGCGGAUGCGCGGCGGCGGUGGACGCUGGUGCUGGUGAACCUGGCGUCGGUGCUGGAGAAGGCCGACGAGGUGCUGCUCCCGGCGGUGUACCGUGAGGUGGGCGCGGAGCUGGGGGUGUCCCCGACGGCGCUGGGCUCGCUCACGCUCUGCCGCGCGCUCGUCCAGGCGGCGGCGUACCCGCUCGCCGCCUACGCGUCCGCGCGCCACGACCGCUCGAAGGUCAUCGCCGCCGGGGCCUUGCUCUGGGCCGCCGCCACGCUCCUCGUCGCCGUCUCCGGCACCUUCCUCCAGAUGGCGAUCUCGCGGGGACUGAACGGCGUCGGGCUCGCGCUGGUGCUCCCGGCGAUCAGCUCGCUCGUCGCCGAUCACACCGACGACCACACCCGCGGCGCCGCGUUCGGGUGGCUGCAGAUGACCUGCAACCUCGGCUCCAUCCUGGGUGGUUCCUUCGGAGUGCUUCUCGCGCCGGUCACCUUCCUCGGCAUCGCCGGCUGGCGACUGGCGUUCCACAGCGUCGCACUCCUCAGCGCCGUGGUGGGCGUCCUCAUCUGGGUCUUCGCCGCCGACCCGCGGGCCAAGUCCAAGACCGCCGCGUCCGCCGCCGACGAGGCCAGGGAGCUGCUCCGCGACGCCAGGGGCGUCAUAGGCGUGACCACGUUCCAGAUCAUCGUCGCGCAGGGGAUCGCCGGCUCGAUACCCUGGUCGGCGCUCAACUUCUCCGCCAUGUGGCUGGAGCUCGUCGGCUUCACGCACUGGGAGACCAGCGUCAUCACGGGGCUCUACCUCUUCGCCACCGCCCUCGGCGCGCUCUUCGGCGGGCUCGUCGGGGACCCCGUCUCCAGGAGGUUUCCCAACACCGGGAGGAUCGCGCUGGCGCAGUUCAGCUCGGCGUCGGCGCUCCCGCUCGGCGCCGUCCUGCUUCUCGCGCUGCCCAACGACCCGUCCACCGGCGUCGCGCACGCCGCCGUGUUCUUCAUCAUGGGAUUCGCCAUCUCCUGGAACGCGUCAUCCACCAACAACCCCAUCUUCGCAGAGAUCGUGCCGGAGAAGGCUAGAACAACGGUGUACGCUCUCGACAAAUGCUUCGAGGCAGUGUUCGCCUCGUUCGCGCCUCUGAUCGUCGGUGUUCUAGCGGAGCAAGUAUUUGGGUACAAGCCGGUCUCCUCCGACGCAAGCGUGGAGACGGACAGGGAGAACGCAGCUGCAUUGGCGAAGGCGGUGUACACGGAGAUCGCGGUGCCCAUGGCCAUCUGUUGCCUCACAUACACCUUCCUGUACUGCACGUACCCUCGGGACAGAGAGCGUGCUCGAAGGAACCUCCUCAUGGCGUCAGAUGAUCAAGAAGGCAGUGAAAGUCACUCGGGUGAGAUUCGUACCCAGGAAGACGAGGAGUUUGCUGUUGGUUCCAUGAACCGGAGGUUAAUAUCUGCAGGAGAGUAACAUCAGAAGAAAGAUUGGGUAGAAAAAAGGUUGCCUGUUGCAAUGUUUCAGAUAGUAUGGCAUUCAGGUGCUCCUCUUUGGUUUCAAGUUCUCCCAACUGCUGGAGAACUCAGCCUGAGCAGAAUCUUGUUGAUCAAAUCUUCAACAGUAUUGGAAGAUAUGUACAGUACCCUACAGAUAUAAUUUAUACAAAUCCUGUGAGUAAGGGCUCCAAUUGAUUGUUUCUAUAGCUAAAAACUAAAAAAAACAGUGUAAUUGGCAUCUCGGGACUCGGUUUCUGUUCCCUUUCUUGUUGAAUGUAACUCAUUGCUUCCUUUAAUCAAUUAAACUGGCAGCUCCCCUGCCUUAGUUCAUAGAAGAAGUACUUAAAAUUGUUAAGCUUAAUAAAGCCGAGCAUGGAAAAUAUUGGAUGAGA